GAAGGUCGCCACAUGCACAGCUACCUGGCAGGAGUGUGGGAAUUUCUUUCACUUAACGUCCCUCCCCAACAACCCCCACCAAAACUCCACAUUUGAACACUGCUUUCAUCGCCCUCCAGCGGACUUCUCCACGUUCCCUCUUCGCUCUUCCCCUAUUUAUAUUCCACCCACCUCCUUCACCCUAACUUUCCCUUCUACUUUCUCGGUUUCUCCCUCCCCAAACUCGUGAUGGCUCUUGCUCCUACCUCUUCCUUCUCUCUUCCCUCCAGGUCCUCCAUUGCUCAUCCGCCUCGCCGCCCUUUCACCGUCCGGUGUUCCGUGGCUGUCGCGCCGGCGGCCGCCAGGGCCUCCAAGGAGCACCUUGUGAAGUCGGUGAAAGCGAGGCAGAUCAUCGAUAGCAGAGGCAAUCCGACGGUGGAAGUUGAUCUGGUCACCGAUAAUCUGUACCGAUCCGCCGUCCCCAGUGGGGCCUCCACUGGGAUCUACGAGGCUUUGGAGCUCAGAGACGGUGAUAAGAAUGUUUAUGGCGGUAAAGGUGUUCUCAAUGCUGUCAGCAACAUCAAUCACCUCUUGGCUCCCAAACUCGUUGGUCUUGAUGUCAGGAAUCAAGCCGAAGUUGAUGCCAUCAUGCUAGAGUUUGAUGGAACCCCAAAUAAGUCAAAACUUGGGGCUAAUGCAACACUGGGAGUGUCUCUCAGCGUGUGUAGAGCAGGUGCAGGAGCAAAGGGAGUGCCAUUAUACAAGCAUAUCCAAGAAUUGUCUGGAACCAAGGAGCUUGUUAUGCCUGUUCCUGCUUUCAAUGUGAUAAAUGGUGGCAGCCAUGCUGGAAAUAAUCUAGCUAUGCAAGAAUUCAUGAUCUUACCAGUGGGUGCAACCUCGUUUGCCGAGGCCCUCCGCAUGGGCAGUGAAGUUUAUCAUACACUGAAGGGAAUUAUCAAGGCAAAAUAUGGACAAGAUGCAUGCAAUGUUGGGGAUGAGGGGGGAUUUGCUCCCAAUGUUCAGGAUAAUAGGGAGGGGUUGGUUCUGCUUAUGGAUGCAAUUGAAAAGGCUGGUUACACAGGCAAGAUCAAAAUAGGAAUGGAUGUUGCAGCUUCAGAGUUCUUCACUAAAGAUGGGAAAUAUGAUUUGAAUUUUAAGAAACAACCAAAUGAUGGAGCUCACGUUCGCUCAGCUCAGAGCCUUUGUGAACUCUACAAGGAGUUUGUCAAAGAUUUCCCUAUUGUGUCUAUUGAAGAUCCCUUUGACCAAGAUGAUUGGAGUUCAUGGGCUUCAUUACAGUCCUCAGUUGAUAUCCAACUUGUAGGAGAUGAUUUGUUGGUAACAAAUCCAAAGAGAAUAGCUGAAGCAAUAGAGAAGAAAGCUUGCAAUGCUUUGCUAUUAAAGGUUAACCAGAUAGGCACCGUGACUGAAUCCAUUCAAGCUGCACUAGACUCUAAAGCUGCAGGAUGGGGUGUGAUGGUCAGUCACCGGAGUGGUGAAACAGAAGAUAACUUCAUAGCUGAUCUUUCUGUGGGCUUGGCAAGUGGACAGAUCAAGACUGGCGCACCUUGCCGAAGUGAGCGGUUGGCCAAAUAUAAUCAGCUUUUGCGCAUUGAAGAGGAACUUGGACAUGUGCGUUAUGCUGGUGAAGCUUUCAGAUCACCCUAGGAAAAAAAGAAAGCUCCGGCUGCUUUAUUCGCAAUAAGUACUGGAUUAAAUACACCAUAAAACAAGUUGAGCUCCUAGUAAAACCAGGUUUGUGAGAAAGUAGGAAAGGUUUUUAGGUAACCAAUCUGCUGAGAUGUCAUUUAAAGCACCAAUGCUAAUGAGCUCAUUUUUUAUUGAAACAAUUAGAGUGAUCAAAUAAGGCAGUUUUGCUUUGGAACUGUCAGCUGGAUUUUAUACGGAACUGGUUGAAAGUGUGUGUAUUGUGUAA